AUGGGUCUUGGUUACCAGGCCUUGUCAACAUUGUUUCUUGAAGCUCUGUUUGUGUCUCUGUUUUUCCAAGAAGCUAGAACAGAGCUAGUGCGAGGGUGUAAUUUGUUUCAAGGGCAAUGGGUAGUUGAUGCUUCAUAUCCUCUCUAUGACUCUUCAAGCUGUCCCUUCAUUGACCCUGAGUUUGAUUGCCAAAAUUAUGGUCGCCCUGAUAAGCAGUACCUCAAGUAUUCCUGGAAACCUGACUCUUGUGAGUUACCCAGGUUUGAUGGUAUGGACUUUCUGAGGAGAUGGAGGGGGAAGAAAAUUAUGUUUGUGGGUGACUCACUGAGUUUGAACCAGUGGCAAUCUUUGGCUUGUAUGAUUCAUGCCGCGGUGCCAAAUGCAAAGACUACCUCCGUACGACAGACCAUACUCUCUUCUGUGACCUUUGAGGUCAGUUUAGUCUGUCCCUCUACGUUUCCAAAAAAAUCAGUAUUUUGA